AACUGUAUCUGUGCUUCAAACAGAUAUUUUACAGAUCCUUUAGGUUUUCUAAAAAAAUAUUUGUUUUUCGGGUUUAUAACAGAAAUAGGUAAUUCUGUAAUUUUUCUGGUAUUUGAAAUGUAUUGGUAGAGAAAGUAUUAAUAAAAAAUAUAUGUAAAUGUCGAGAAUAUUAGGAAAGACUAUUUAAUAUUUCAAGAGACCAAUUAGGUAGUUUACCGAAAAUGAUUCCGCCAGUAACUCCGGGACAAUCUGAUGAAAAACAUAACAUGGUUGGAUGGAAAAAUACAUUUAACAUGCGCCAAGUUAGUUUGAUUAAUUUGGCUACUACUCAGUUGACCAUAAAAAAUGGAACAAAGUUAAAUAUUCCAAACCACAGGCGAGCUUACAGUGUUACAAGUCCUACAAAAUCAUUAGACUUGCUAAGAAAAAACUUGCAGAGUUCCAUUAACAAGGAUAUCGACAAUGUAUUGAAAAAGUACAUAGAUAAAUUCUUUCAACCUGCAAUAAACAACAUUAAAAACAAUCUUGGUCAAGACAGUGUUAAUGAAGAUAACAUCAGAGAAGUGUGCAAACAAAUGCUUGAAGAAGCCAAAUCAAUGUACAAGUAUUGUGAAGACUCUAGAGACAGUUCUCCAUAUGAAUGUAGUCAGAGUGAGGCAGAAUCAGAAAAUAGUGUCAGUGAUUCAAGAUAUCCAAAUAUGGAAAAAGUUAAUUCUCUUCACCCAUCAAAACGUAAGGAUUCUGAUGAUUCUGAUUUAUCAUCAAACCCAACACCAGUUUUUAAAAGGCACCGUAACAGAAUGACAACAGGGAGUGAUUACAUUGGUUGCAAGCUUUCUCUUAAGAGGGAUGGCCCAAAGUGGAAUCCUGAAAGAAUAAAAACCAGUACUAUGUUUAUAAUGGGUGCCAGAGCCAAUAAAGUAUUAGGAUAUGGUCAGACAAGGGGAAGACUCUAUGUUAGGCAUCCCAACCUUGUGCGUUACUCGGGUGACCAGGAAGACAAAGAAUGGCUGGCAUCACAAAAUCUUAUGCCCCCCAGUGGUGGAAAAGCUUAUCUAAUGCUUCUCGAGGAUAUUAAAGAGCUAACUGAUAGCGAAGAAUACAAACACAGUCCCAACUUGCAACUGCAAGAAUUACAAGGAUUUGAAGUGCCGCUGUUCCUUUUAAAUAAAAUCAAAACCUUUAUAGAAUAUGUCCGGAGUGAAAGGAAGCUGUUGGCAGUGCUUGACAUGGAAGAUGGUACUAAUACGAGUACUCCACCCUCAAAUGUUGCAAUUCAAAUAGAUUCGGGCCCAUCGACGCCAUGCGAUUCAUUAGAUAACAACCCGGAAAAUAUCUGGAAAACCUCACAAUUACGGCAACAAAUUGAUUAUCCAAACAUGUCUUCUGAUAUGAGUAGUUUAUCCAGUUCAGUAAUAUCCAGCAUAUUAUCUGGCAAUUACAAUGGCAGUGGCGGUAUUCGUAGUUACAGUGAUAAUGCUCAGAGCUUUUAAGAUUGAACUUGGAGGAUAGAAAAAAUAUAAGCCUUUUAGAAGCAAAAGCACUACCUGAGCUUGGAAAACAUGUACCCUACAUGGCAGAUGGAGCUGGAUCCACUACAUGGACAUGUUCCAUUAAGUUCAGGAGCUUUGGGACCCUCGGUUUCAAUAUUUUAUACUUGUAUUGAAACAGAAGUAUGUUAAAAGUAACUGGAAACAUUAAUUGUCCUCCAGCAUACGACUAUCCAAAUAAAUUGUAACAUAAUUACUCAUUUGCAAGAAUAUCAGAAAAUAACAAAACACUACAACCUUAAGUUCCAGGAUGUAAGAAACUGAAUAAUAUUGAUAAAGGAGCUGGAAAUUUUGCAGAACUGAAUCUUUCAUGAAGAGAAAGAGAAUUUCUCCAUUUAAAUAAGAUAUGACAAUGGUCUUCUACUUCUACGCAAAUUGCAAUUACUUGAUUCCUUAACAGGAUUAUUCACAAAAGGGGAGCCCCAAUGACUC